CAUUUUACUUGUAAGAACUACAGUUUGAAACGAUCGGUAGUCCGUACCUAAAAAAAAUUAGGGUGAAAGUUAUAAUCGGCCAACCCAAUUCCGCGGCGAACGAAAGUGAAAACAAAUCCCUUGCCAAAUAAAAAACAGAAGACUUGGGGGAGCGGUGUCCACGCUGUUGUUUCAGUUUCCAGCUUCCCUACCAAUUUAUCCGCUCCGCCCUUCAUUUUCCAACCCCCUAAACUUAGAAGCAAUACCCAAAUACGAAGGCCAUGGAAGCAGAAUCAAACCGAGAAAAAAAUUGGCUUUUUUUCUCCUUUCUCUAUCAUUCCAGUCCCUUUUGCCACUUUCUGAAACCGAAGUUGAAAAAUGACGGUGAUUGACAUCCUCUUUCGAGUCGAUGAAAUCUGCAAGAAAUAUGAAAAAUACGAUCCCGAGAAGCAACGCGAACUCAAUGCAUUCUGCGACGAUGCCUUCUCUCGCCUCUACGCUCUCAUGGAGGCCGACAUUGAUAAGGCUCUCCAUAAAUCUGAGAUGGUUUCGGUGGAGAAGAAUAGAGCAGCGGCGGUGGCAUUGAGCGCUGAGGUUCGUCGGAUAAAGGCUCGAUUGAUAGAGGAAUUGCCUAAGCUUCAAAAAUUGGCCAAAAAGAAGGUCAAGGGAAUUUCCAAAGAAGAUCAAGAAACUCGUUUGGAUCUGGUUCUUGCACUACCCGAAAGGAUUAAAGCCAUUCCAGAUGGGUGUACUACUGCUGCAUUCCAGACUGGUGGAUGGGGAGCUUCAUCAUCUAACAAAAAUAUCAAAUUUGACUCAUCAGAGGAGCGCUUAGAUAGUGAUUUUUUCCAACAAACUGAAGAGUCAAAUCAAUUUAGAGAAGAAUAUGAAAUGAGAAAAAUGAAACAGGAUGAAGGUCUUGAUAUGAUAUCAGAAGGAUUGGAAACACUGAAAAAUAUAGCUCUUGACAUGAAUGAGGAAAUAGAUAGACAAGUUCCUCUGAUGGACGAAAUUGAUUCAAAGGUGGACAAGGCAACAUCUGAUAUUAAAAGGACUAAUGUUAAACUCAAGAAAACUAUUACCGAGAUGAGAUCCAGCCGAAAUUUCUGCAUUGACAUUAUUCUGCUGUGUGUUAUUCUAGGAAUUGCUUCCUACUUGUACAAGUAAGCUUCCUAUCUUAUUCUUUUUUCUUUCUGAUCUUAAGAUCAUGUUUCAAGAUGCAAAUUUUAAAUGCUUUUGCCACCAGCCCUCAACUUUACUUAUUUCAGCACAAAUAAUUUUAUUUUCUGCUUUUUGACCAAAUAUGAAACAG